AUGCGCCGAUAGCACGAGUGAAAAUGGCGACGGUAGUGUGCCUCUCGCGACGUGUGCCGUCGUAUGCACGACACUUUCGCGAUGUCACGCGUGCGUACGCGUCGUGGCGUGCCGACCGCGGCCUCGGAAGGAUCCAGAAGAGCGUCGGAUUGCUGACUGUCGCUUCCGUCACGUUUCUAUUGGCGCAACAAUAUUUACGGCCGAAGGUGGUGCAUGCCUUAAAACCUCGCAAGAAAGAAGAUGACUUGCACAAAGCGGUAAAAUUAACUACGAGAGAAAGGAGAUUUAUAAAAUUUGCGUCGGUGGCGUACGAUGGUCAAUUGUAUAUGACACCGCAGGAUUUUCUUGACAGCGUCAUUGAUGCCGAACCUCGACCGAGAUUAAAGAGACGCGUGCUGACCGAUCAAGAGCUCGAAGUGAUGAGAAAUUCGACUUCUUCACUACGCCAUGGAAGCACAUAUAUGUUUCGAAAUUUGCGGGACAAAGGAAUUAUUUCUUACACGGAGUACCUGUUUCUUCUAUCCAUCCUGACGAAGCCGAAAACUGGUUUCCAAAUCGCCUUCAAUAUGUUCGAUACCGAUGGAAACGAGAGAGUCGACAAAACUGAAUUUCUUGUGAUUCGUCGUUUACUUGGCGGUAGCUUAAAAGAACGGGACCUUGACGAGCCAACAAAACGUGCAUUACGUGCCAUAAUUACUCCGAGCGAAGAGAAUCUAGGCAAGGCAAAACUUCGCAAAACUCAUCCGAAUAAAUCAAAUGAAAUCGUCACAAAUUCUUAUAUGGAGAAGAUAUUCAGUCACGCUUGGAGGGGCCGUCAUGGAUGCGAAACUAAAGAGGAAUUAGAACAAUUACAAGAACGUCAGAGAACGCCAGAAGAAAUUCAAGGUCAAUUCAUCGAUGACGAUCAGGGUUUGCAACGACGUCACGCUGUGGAUACUACUUUGAUGAUACACUUUUUCGGCAAAGAUGGUACCAAUGAAUUAAGAUACGAUGAUUUCAAGCACUUCAUGGAGAAUUUACAACAUGAAGUAUUAGAAUUGGAAUUCCACGAAUUCAGCAAGGGACACAACACAAUUAACGAAUUGGAUUUCGCUAAAAUUUUGUUACGAUACACGUACCUCGAACCUAACGAAUACGAUAAGUACUUGGACAGAAUGUUGGAUCGAGCAGACUUGCAUAUUGGUAUCACAUUCGAGGAAUUCCGGCGUUUCUAUCAAUUUCUGAACAAUCUGGAUGAUUUUUCGAUAGCGAUGCGAAUGUAUACAUUGGCUGAUCAUCCUAUAUCCAAAGAUGAAUUUCAACGCGCAGUAAAGAUAUGCACGGGAAAGAUGCUUUCGACUCACAUAAUCGAUACAGUCUUUGCACUAUUCGAUGUGGAUGGAGACGGCCAAUUGUCUUAUAAGGAAUUCAUAGCAAUUAUGAAAGAUCGACUGCACAGAGGUUUUAAGUCUCAACAACGCAAUGAGGGUUGGGAGGCCUUCAAAUUCUGCGUGAAACAAGAAAUGAAAGCACCUUGAAGAAAGAAUUAUGAUGAAAUACAUAAAAAUGUGAAGAUGCAAAUGAAAAUA